AAGGUCUCCAUCCCCCGAAUGUCACUCUUUGACCUCGUCUUGGCUGGUCUCACUCGCUUUUGCUCGUUGGUUUCUCGGCCUCCAUCGACCUACAUACGUUUCCUUUGAAAUAAGAAGCUCUUUUACGUUCGAUACGCCGCAUUCACCAGUUAAGACCCAGCACCGUCUAGUAAAAAUGAAACAAAUUAUUUGGUCAUCUGCUGUCUUAGCAAUCCUGCUAGUCGUAAUCACCGGAACGGAAAGCCGGAGUCUAGCCAAAAGAAGUGCCAGUCCAAGCAUAGAUUCACAUGAAUCGGAAGAACAUAAUGGGUAUAAAGACAAGGCAAAGGUGGAAGUAGCGUUUGGCGUCAAAGAUGCGAUUUUAGGAUUCGUUUUUGAUAAAUUGAAUAAAUUCAUCGACCAAAAAACCCAUUGGAUUGACCAACUGGAUCAUCAGAACAUCGCUAAGAACAAGGCGCAUGGCAUCGAGCCUCCAACCGAUCCGGUGAUUUCGCUAUCGAAGAUUCUGUCCGGAGCUAUUGGCUCUAAAUUGGAAGCGGCAGCUCCACUGCUCAACAUUGUAACGAGCAAGUUGGGAAGCGGUUCUGGAUCUGGUUCGAACCAUGGAGGGUUCAACUUGGGAUCGCUUCUAGGCGGGCACAAAUAGAACAUUUUAUCAAGAUGGUUUGUGUUGUGCAGGCUCUGGCAAGUAGUAGCUGAGUUGAAAUCAAACGAUUUCUUGAUUUUGAUUUGUUCUUUUAAGUAUAGGAAAUGCGCAAUUUGCAAAAUGAUUAAUCUUUCCGCAGUAAUUGCCCAUUAGAUGUUUAAUUUACUUCACUUUCCUUGGCUGCUCUCGAUUCAGUAUUAUGCAAAAUCAGAAAAUUGUCAAGAUCAAAUCGUUAUACGUAAGUUUCCUUUCAGUGUGUUGUUGGAUUAUCUUUGAGGCCAAUUUAGUCAUGUUUUUAUUUAAUAAGAAAACCUUGAGAGGACUGAUUUUUCAUUAAUUACUGUCCUUUGCACUUGUCUUUUACUUUGCAUGAUAAAAGCGCAAUUGGAAAAGUCUUCACUCUUAACAAUCUGCAAGCAAGGUCAGAACAUUCCACUCAACUGCUGCUUCUUGCUAAAAGCGAGGGACAACCUUUCUCUUUUUUUAUAGAAAUUAUUCCUUCGUAUUACACAAUCCAAAAUGAUAUAAUGUACUGAAAUCUAGAUGAUUAAUUUCAUGUAAACAAGACGGUCUGACCCACAUUAGUUAAAGAUUACAACGAUAUUUUUUUUAAGUUAUUUAUAAAGAUUUUAUAUUCAUUAGUAGUCGCUAGACAUCGCUUACUAUUAUGUUUCAAAAUAUCGACUUUUUGAAGAGUUUUAUUCUAGUCAAAACGUUUAGUAUCUAAAAUUAUGCAGCUAGAGUUACGGAUGUCAACAUUUCUUUCGCGUCGCUGUAAUCUUUAAAGCGGUUUUGUCAUUAUUCCCAUGUAGAAUUUGUAUCAUUUUCUAUUCGAAAUAUCAAUGGAAAGUUGUGGAAAUUGUAAAUAAUUUGAAAAAGAUGCCUGUUUUUUUUUAGUGCAUGUACAUAGAGUUUUUAGUAAAUGUUAUUUAUAACAA